AUGCGAGCCAGGACGCUUCCGCUGUCCGUCUGCAGGCAAUGCCUCGGACGGCCGCGGCAGCAACUUCCUGUAUACCGAUCUGCACGCUUCUUCUCCGGAAACCGACCAUGUUCGGCAGCUUCAACCACGACGACGACCGCAGCAGGGAACAAUCCGCUCCGGACGCCGUCUGCAGAGGAAAUACAAUCACAAAAUGAGGCAAUUGCGCAUUUUCGACGACGCAUCGCGCUCUCGGCUGCUGGUAUAGCCGUGUGUGCGAUUGGGUUGUAUGCGACGGUGAAGAUGAAUGUUUUUGGACUUCCGGAUGAUGACGCCGCCACAACCAACAAAAACAAAGAAGGAGAAAAGAAAAAGUCAAAUAACAACGGCAGUAUCAAACUUGACGGACCUUCCGGAUUCCCAAGCAGCCCCUCGGUGAUCCGCAUCCAGGGCCAAGACGGUAUCGAGCAGGUCGAAACGGGCAACAGCGCUGUACCGCUAUUCCCAACGACAGUGCGACUGCCCAAGACACUCAAUGCGUCUACACUGGCCCCGGGUCAGGAUUUACCACAAAAUGCCGAAGAAGAGGAGGAAUACCAGUUACUCGGAUUCGGCAUCCGAUCCGUUUCAUUCCUCGCCAUUCAGGUCUACGUCGUCGGCCUAUACAUUGCCAAACCGGACAUCGCCGCACUGCAACAAAGCCUAGUCAAGAUAGGCGUGCAGCCACCCUCGGAAAACCUCGCGAAGAACGGUACCGUGUCAGCGACAUCGCUGGUGUCGACGGAGCGCGAGGCACUCAAGGAUCUGCUCCUAGACCCCGAGCGCGGCGAAGAGGCAUGGACGUCGAUCCUAAAGGAAAGCAAUAUCCGCACGGCAGUGCGCAUUGUACCCACACGCAACACAGACUUUAUGCAUUUGCGAGACGCGUGGGUUCGACACAUGACGAACCGCGCGCAACGCGAGGCUGCCGAGGCCAGAGAAGUCGUCAAGGCCGGGAAAAUCCCAGGACCGAGUGAGUUUCAGGACGAUAGCUUUGGCGAGUCGAUACGCGAGUUUAAGACGCUGCUAAGCGGUGGGUCGCGCAAGGCUAUUCCAAAGGGCCAGGUGUUGUUCCUGUUGCGCGAUCAGCGCGGCGGACUUGAUGCGCUGUUCCAGCCAGACCCACAGAAUGCGAUCAAGUGGAUGGGUCGUAUUGCUGAUGAGCGAGUGAGUCGGUGUGUGUGGUUGAACUAUCUUGCUGGCAAGGCGGUUGCCAGCGAUGCUGCGCGGAAAAGCAUCGUUAAUGGGACGAUGAGCAUCGUUGAGCGUCCCGUGGGCACUGUCAUUCAAAAGGUCAUCUAA